CUGGUAACGUCUCCGCUGUCAUGGUGCAUCCCGGUGGAUACAACCACACUGUUUGAGGUAGGAGCUUUGAGAACAACCUGCGACCGAAGUGUGAACCCCCCACCUCCUGAGAUAUGAUGAUGCAAUAUGGACAAGCUGCCUUGGAACAGAUAAAAAGAGAAGGAUAGAGAGGAGCAAGAGAAGAUCCAAGCAGUGAAACAGCGAGAGUCUUUAUCACAGACACACAGAAGACAUCAUGUCUGCCUCGAUAAAGCAGGAGAGAACCAUUUGUGUUCUCCUCCCCAACAAAGAACAGCUGGACAUCACUGUCAGGCCAAAGUCCACAGGGCAGGAUGUUUUCAAUCGUGUGACAGAGCUUCUCGGAGUCAAAGAGCUGUUCUUCUUUGGCCUCACAGUGGUGAAGGACAAUGAGCACAUCUUUUUAGAUAUGGAGGAGAAACUGACCAAGUACUUUCCCAAGGAAUGGAGGCACGAUUCAGGAAAGGCACUUCAGAAGAGACCUUUGCCUCUCGUACUCUUCCUCAAAGUGCAGUACUACGUGGAGAAUGGUAGACUGAUCUGUGAACGAAAGGCACGGCAUCUAUACUACUCCGACCUGCGCGAGCGUAUGCUUCGCUCUGAAUGUCGUCAGCAGGAGGAGGUUUACUUCCAGCUGGCAGGUUACGCCCUGCAGGCUGACCUCGGCGACCACCCGCUGCCCAGGGAGUAUGGAGAGAUCAACCCGUACUUUGAACUCAAGGAUUACUUUCCCCCGUGGAUUGUGGCUAAGCGUGGGGUGAGCUACCUCCUCUGCCAUGGGCCCAAAGUGCACCAGGAGCUGUGGGGCAUGUCUGCCCGAGACGCCAUCCUCCUCUUCAUCCGGGAGUCGUGUCGACUGGAGGACGUGCCUGUCACAUUUUACAGACUGCAAAAGGAUAAAAAGGAGGAGAGAGGAACGGCGUUGCUCGGCCUGACCCUACGAGGAAUGCAGGUUUAUCAGGAGGUAAACAACACGCGACAGCAGCUGUACAACUUCCCCUGGUCAAACGUGGGACGUCUCACCUUUCUGGGUAAGAAAUUCGAGAUCCAGCCAGAUGGCCUCCCCUCAGCUCGGAAGCUGGUCUAUUACACUGGGUCAUCGUUCCGCUCUCGCCACCUCCUCCUGCACCUGAGCAGCUGCCAUCGCCUCUACCUCAGCCUCCAGCCGUCCCUCAAACACCUGCGCCAUCUCCAGGAGAGCGAAGAGAAAAAGCGUUACAGAGAAUCAUACAUCAGCGAUGACCUGGACCUGGACCCCGCCGGCAGCGAAAGCAGCCCUGGUCUGUCUCGCCACUCGACCAGCAGCUCUGGGAUCGAAGCGGACGCCCGCCAACACAGCAUCUCCACGGAGCUGGCCUCUAUGGAGGAUGAGAGUCAGCAGCAAGGAGAGCCAUGCUUCAGCCCAGCAGAGAGCCGCAGCAGCUCCUGUACCUCCGGGUUUGACCUAGGCAGUAAGAGUCGGAUAGAAGAUGAUGGGUGGCAAGAAGAGGGAAUCAAGAGCAAUGUUGAAAGUCUGAAGGAAGCUCUUGUAGACGAUCCUGAUGAGAUGUUCCAGUUGGCGGAUCUUCUUGAAGGAGUGUCAGUGGAUUGUGCGGAAGUCCCCUCAGUCACACACGUAUCCGAAAACAAAGUUACUCCCCCAGACUCUGAUGAAAUUGGUAAAUUGCACAAUGAUGAUCAGUUAGAACAGAUGCUGAAAUCUAAAGCACCCGUGUGCGUGGAUCGGCACAGCCACAGUCUAGAUGACAUCAGCCUCUUUCCACCUCCGACUCCCCUGGGGACGAUGCAUCUGCCCGAUUCCUCCCACAGUUACACCUUCGGGUUCCCGGAAAUCUCUCCAAACCCAAAGACCCCUGUUGAACUCACUUUCUUUCCUCUCUUGCACUGCCAAGACAAACCCUCGUUCUUUGGCCGCAGGUCUACCAACAGCCUUUCUCUGGACAUGAUAGGCGAUGAACAGUUCCUUGAAUUCAUACUUUGAAUACCUGAUGCCCAUUAAAGCGACUUUUCUCUUCCUUCAUUCCUGGUGCAACUGAACUCGCAGGUUGCCAACAUAUGAAUAUGUAUUUUCUGUGUGGUGAUGAAAAUGAGGGUUUGCCUGAAUUUCCAGAGACAUUACUGAAGAUGACGGGAACGCUCACUCCUCCUGGAAAAGUUCUGGAUUAGACAACAGAUCUAAUCAAGCAAUUUCAAUAUCCGUAAACCGAACAUAUUUAUUAAUGUUGUAUAUUGUGUUCACACACUACUUGCACUAUUUUAUUA